AUGGCCCGGAGAGGUCUAGGGCCUGGGCACCUGAAGGCUGUGGCCAUUCUGCUUUUGCUUGGACUAUUCCGAUCUGGGAUGGCCUCCUGCGGUGUGGCCCCCCAAGCACGCAUCACAGGUGGAAGCAAUGCAGCCCCUGCCCAGUGGCCCUGGCAGGUCAGCAUCACCUACAAUGGCAACCACGUGUGUGGCGGUUCUCUCAUGUCUGAGCAGUGGGUGCUGUCAGCUGCUCACUGCUUCCCCAGGGAGCACAAGAAGAAUGACUAUGAGGUAAAGCUGGGUGCCCACCAACUGGACUCCUACACCCCUGAGGCUCAGGUCCGCACCGUGGACCAGGUCAUCCUCCACAGCAGCUACCAAGAGGAGGGCUCCCAGGGUGACAUUGCACUCAUCCACCUCAGCAAACCCGUCACCUUCUCCCACUCUAUCCGGCCCAUCUGCGUCCCCGCAGCCAAUGCCUCCUUCCCCAAUGGCCUCCUCUGUACAGUCACUGGAUGGGGCCAUGUGGCCCCCUCAGUGAGUCUGCUGACCCCCAGGCCACUUCAACAACUUGAGGUGCCGCUGAUCAGUCGUGACACAUGUAACUGCCUGUAUAACAUCAACUCCACGCCUGAGGAGCCUCAUUAUAUCCAGGAGGACAUGGUGUGUGCUGGCUAUGUGCAGGGGGGCAAGGAUGCCUGCCAGGGUGACUCUGGGGGCCCACUCUCCUGCCCUGUGGGGGGCCUCUGGUACCUAACAGGCAUUGUGAGCUGGGGAGAUGCCUGUGGGGCCCCCAACAGGCCUGGCGUGUACACUCUGACCUCCAGCUACACCUCCUGGAUCCAAUACUAUGUGAACGACCUCCAGCCCCAUGUGGUACCCCAAACCGAAGAGUCCCAGCCCGACAGCCACCUCUGCGGGAAGCAUUGGGCCUUCAACUCUGCCCCAGAUCAGGGCUUGCUGGGGCCCAUCCUUCUGCUGCCGCUGGGUCUGACCCUGGGCCUCGUCUGCCCAUGGCAGGAGCACUGA